UCUAUCUAGCUUCCCUCGUGCUCCAAGUCUUCAACCCCUGUUCGCUGUAACCGAUCGCAGCUGCUUCCUCCAGCUCGGCGUCCGUCGUCUUUGUCUGCUCAACCGCGCUUCCGCCGCCAUUUGUUUACCGUUCACGUUCGCGUCUUUGUUCAGCCGUCGUCUUCGUUCGCGUUCUUCGCCGUUCACGUUCGCUCGGCGUUCACCGUUCGCGUUCACUCGCCGUUCACCGUUCGGGAUCGCAUUCGCGUUCGUCUGGAAGCCACGUUGCUCUGCUUCAAACUCUGUGACCAACCCGCGCACUCCACCUAGCCGUUGAACUGCUCUCUUUUGUCGCCGUCGGUUGAACUGAUUGAACCAGUGAACCAAUAAAUAAAGCGGUUCGAUGAAUUCCUCAUCUUCUUCACUCUCCCAUCUUCUUCCAAGGUACAUGAAAUUGGGAUUUAUGGAUCUCAACUUCUUGCUUUGCUGCUUCUGCCCCUUCAUUCGCCGAUUUUGAGCAGCACUUCGUGACAUCACUCUACAGCUCUGCUCUUGGCCCGUCGCUGCUUCGUAGACGUCUGUGGUGUGCCUCAUUUUUCUUUGGACCUGCAAGUUGCCGUGCAGACUAGAGAUGCUGCUUUGAUGAACUUGAAAUUGAUGUGAGCAUGUUGUCUCAGUUGUGGCCUCCCCAUAUUCACACAGCCUCCUUUCUCUUGCCUGAGCUUCACCUGCCUCAUCAUUUUCUUCUGCUGUCGAGCAAUGCAUGUAGACGUACACCUACUUUUCACUUUCGAUUAGAAAGGAGAAGACGACCAGGGUCAAGACGAGGCAGCAGCAUUUGUUGUUGUUGUGGUUCUGCCUCUGAGUGGGAACUUAAGGAAGCAGGUAUAGCCGUGUCAACUUUCCUUCAAGGAUUAGGGGUGUCAGAGGAGGAGUCCUUAUCCAUCGCAUCCAAGUCACCCUCUUACUCCAACAUGUUGGUGGAGAGUGUCAGAGAUUUGGACCAACACUCCAUGUGGAAUUCUGAUUCGGCCUCCUUGGGCUUCAAGGAAAAGCUUCUUCACAUUGCCUCCCUCAAAGGUGACAAUGGAAAACUCCCUUACUUUGAGAGUCUCGGCUUCACUCUUUCUUCAUCUAUCACUCUUGCUAGAUAUCUCUCCUCUCAGAACCUCCCAUCCCUCAUGCACAAGGUUGCAUCCAUCAAGGAUCUCUUCUUUUCUCAUCAAGCUGAUCACCUCCUCAUCAACAACAUUCGUCGCAUGAUGCUCCACCUGUCCAUUCCAAUCGACGAUGAUCUACAGCAUACUCUCUCCUUCUUUGAGAAGCUUGAAGCCAGGCGUGGAGGCUUAAAUGUCUUGCUCUCUGACAAAGACACUGCCUUCCGCCAUUUGAUUGAUUCCUUUCCUCGUUUACUUUCACUCUCACUUGAUAACCACAUCGUUCCUAUCAUCGAUUUUCUCCACAAUAUUGGAGUCCCCAGAGUUCAUAUCACAACCAUAAUACUCUCUUUUCCGCCUAUUCUGUUCUGGAAUAUUCAACUCCUUAAAGCUAGACUCCUCGCCUUGAAACAGAUUCAUGUGGUGGAUAAAGAUUAUAUCAAGUUGUUGAUCAGAUAUCCUUGGGUUCUAUCUACAAGCAUUCAAGAGAACUAUGAGGAGGUUCAUGGAUUUUUUCUUUCUGAGAAGGUUAGAAAGAUAUGUAUUGACUCUUCAAUCAGAGGCCAACCAUACCUGUUGGGUUGUUCAACUGGCAAGCUGAAGUCGAUGCUGGAUCAGUUGGCUGAUCUUGGAGUUAAGGGAAAUAAGUUAGAUAGGGUUAUUGCUAGAAGCCCGCAGCUACUAUUGCAGAAGCCCAGAGAUUUUCUACAGGUUGUUCUGUUCUUUGAAAAUAUGGGCUUGGAUAGAGAAAUUGUUGGGAGAAUUCUUUCUCGCUGCCCAGAAAUUUUCGCUGCCAGCAUCAAUAAAACUCUUAAGAAGAAGAUUGAAUUCCUUUCUGGGGUUGGCGUUUCGGAAGCAUAUCUUCCUGGGGUAAUUAGAAAGUAUCCGGAAUUACUUGUAACGGACACUGAUAAAACCAUACUACAUCGGCUGAUGUACCUGAUGAAGUUAGGACUUUCGGAGAAAGAGAUUGGGUUUAUGGUGCGCACGUUUUCUCCGCUCUUCGGGUACAGUAUAGAGGAGGUUCUUAGGCCAAAAAUAGAAUUCUUAGUGAAGUCGAUGGAGAGGCCGGUACGAGAAGUUGUUGAUUACCCUCGGUAUUUUAGCUAUUCAUUAGAAAAGAAGAUAAAGCCAAGAUACUUUGUACUCAAAGGAAAGCAUAUUGAAUGUAGCUUAAAGGAUAUGCUGGGAAAAAAUGAUGAGGAAUUCGCUGCAGAAUUUAUGGGUGUGGGUCUUGGAGGGAUGCUUGACCCUCCUCUCUCUUCUGAGAAUGUGUUGUAAGUAUCAUACAUCCUUCCCUAGUAUUUUUUUUGGGAAAUUCAUCUCAUUACAAAUAGAUUCUUUAAGGGGCAUAAAAUGUAUAUUCCACUAAUUUUCAAUUGCAUAAAAUAUCACAUUUGAGAUUUUUAGAAGCAAAAAGUCUUAAGUUAGA